GCGCGUUCCUUGUCGUGCGCUCUUGCGCCCCCCGCAGACUCUCUGCGGGACAGCACUCAGCUGUGAAAACAUCCCCCCUCCCCUCUUCUCGUCUCUCAGAUGAGCUGCUGCGGCGGCGGUACAAGCCGACACACACAACGCCGUCCUCUCCCGCGGGGUUAAAUCACAAAGAAAAGAAAAGAAGAAAAAAAAUGUGGAUGGAUGUGCGCACCCCGAGCGAAGCAGCGCGCCGCAGGAGUCCCCAAAUGGCGGAGUGAGUGAGGAUGCGACUCCCCAGUUCCAUCUUUGUGUCGGUGUCUCUGUUCACGGCCGAGACCACGGCAGCUCUGUACCUCAGCUCCACGUACCGCUCAGCUGGAGACCAAAUCUGGCAGGGGCUCACGCUCCUCUUCACGCUCGUACCGUCCGUGCUCGUCCAGCUGACUCUCACCUUCAUCCACCGGGACCUGAGCAGGGACAGACCGCUGGUUCUGCUGCUGCACAUCCUGCAGCUCGGACCCAUUGUCAGGUGUCUGGAGGCGUUCUGUAUCUAUGGCAGUGUGGGCCGCGUGGAGGAGCCUUAUGUCAGCAUCACCAGGAAGAAGCAGAUGCCUCGCGGGGGUCAGUCUGAGGAGGUGGAGCGGCAGGUGGGGCAGGCGGAGGGGAAACUGUUUACACACCGAGCAGCCUUCGCCCGCACCUCUGUCAUUCAGGCCUUCCUGGGAUCUGCCCCCCAGCUCACCCUGCAGCUCUACAUCUGCGUCCUGCAGCAGGGAGUCUCCAUCGGAAGAGGCACACUGAUGGUGAUCUCCCUCCUGUCUAUCGUGUACGGAGCUCUGCGCUGCAACAUCCUGGCCAUCAAGAUCAAAUAUGACGACUAUGAGGUGGACGUCCGGCCUCUGGCCUAUCUGUGCAUUUUCCUGUGGAGAAGCUUCGAGAUCGCCACCCGCGUGGUGGUUCUGGUUCUGUUCAGCUCCGUGCUGCAGCUCUGGGUCCUGCCCGUGGUUCUGCUUAACUUCCUCGUUUUCUUCCUCUACCCGUGGAUCCUGUUCUGGCACAGCCACUCGCCGUUCCCCGAGAACAUAGAGAAGACCCUGACCAGGGUGGGAACCACCAUCGUGCUCUGCCUGCUCACCUUCCUGUACGCAGGCAUCAACAUGUUCUGCUGGUCGGCCGUGCAGGUGAAACUCAAUGACCCCGACCUCAUCAACAAGUCCCAGAACUGGUAUCGCAUGGCUGUGUACUACAUGUUGCGCUUUGUGGAGAACGCCUCGCUGCUUCUGCUGUGGUACAUCUAUAAAACCGACUUCUACAAGUUCAUCUGCGCGCCGCUGCUGCUGCUGCAGCUGCUUGUGGGCUACGCCAUCGCCAUCUUCUUCAUGCUGGUCUUCUACCAGUUCUGUCACCCAUGUCGGAGGCUCUUCUCCUCCAGUAUGACCCAGGGCAUCUGGAACUGCUCGUCCCUGCUCUGCCUCAUGUGCAACUCUGCUUCGCCGCAGAGCAGGCCGCUUGGGAAAUCCGUCCUGGAGCCACCACUGAGCCCGACGUCGCACAAAGAGGAGCCCAACGUCAGGGCCCACGACACGGUCAGCGACAGCACGGACGACAUGCCUAACGAAACAACGUACGACAUGCUCAACGAAACAAUCUAUGACUCUCUGAACGAAGUGGGCAAUAAUAUAUGCGGUGGAAUCAACGGUGACAUCAGCCACGGCGCAACCUGCAACGCUUAAAAACAAAAGUGUGCCAUUCAGAGGAACAACUCGGACAGUUAUCACGACCCUCUGUAACCUUUUUAAGUGCCACAUGAAUCCCUCUGUGAGUUGAGUUUACACAAAUCUUUAAUUUCAUAUAUAUCCAUCUCAACUCCGUCUUUUUUCUACCGCCGUCUCCGUCUCCUACAGUACAUGAAGCAACAUGUGUCCUUAAACUGGAGACUUUAUCUUGGCUGCAAAACAUGCAUCACUCGGGUUAAGUCAGCCUGCAGCAGGUCUAAGGACACGUAGAACAGCGACAGUUUUGGACUGUGUCCACUUGAAUGCUGCAUCGCUGAUCACAAGGAGGCGUGCAUUUGAAUUGAUUGUAUUUAGUAUCUUUGGCAUGGAGGUGUGCAUGUGCAGGGGCGUCUGUAGGGUUUCUUCUGAACACCCUCUCUCAUCCCCCUCAGCUGGAUUUGUGGCCGCAAGCAAUCAGCUUUUUUUGUUUUUUUACACAUUAAUAAGAGCUUUAUAACUAACGUGCUGCUUCUGUGAUGUAGUUGUGCUUGACGACGAGAUGCAAAUCUCCGUAUAUUAUUUAUAUAAGAGCCCGUUCGAUCACCAAAAACACGUUACUGUAAAGCACGGACACCUCCGAGCGUCACGCUUUUUGCACGUUUACAAACUGGAUUUAAGUGGCUUUGGUUGCAGCAGCAGCUGUAGUGAUGUGAAUCUUUCGCUUUGUCUGGAUGUAUUUGCUUUUUUCUGAUUCUCACGCUUGUCACACGUCUGUCAACUCUGUGUCUGUACGUCCCAUUAGUUAUUUAUAAUGAUAUAUAAUAUUUACACCGAGUGCACACAAAGACAAUUAUAUCUAAUUGGGAUUGCUUAUUUUCAACCUUCUGACGUGUAACUGUGUGUGAGAGAGAAUGUCAGUGUUGUUUGUUUUGUGUUUUUGCACUAACUCCUUUUUGCAAUAUAUCCGCAGAGGGAUGACAAACCCCGGGUAUGCUCCCAGUCCUAAUGUUUGUACAAAUAAAGAAAAAAAGAAUAUGAAACACCUAUUGUACACGUCGAACAUUCGCAUACAGAACAAGAUUUAAAAAAUGCGUUUAAAAGAUAAAAAUCCAACUUAAAAAUCUAAAUAAAUUUAUAUUUAUAUGUG